AUGGAUAUUGAUGAUGAUCACGAACUACUGGAAAUAGUUGUUGAACAAAACUACUCUAUUAACAAAGAGAGAACACCUUUACCAUGGAGCAUAUUAUUUAUACUCGGUUUAAUUUUAAUUAGCGAACCAAUUAAUUAUUCAAUUUUAUUGUCUUUUGUGAAAGAUUUUAAAAUUACUGAUGAUGAUAAAGAAAUUGGCAAAUAUGCAGGCUUCAUUUUUCUAUAUUCCCCAAAUUUUCUUUUGCGUGUUUUGGAGAUGGCUGUCCAACAGAGUUGGCAGACGUUCAGUUCUUCUGCUUGGAUUACUAGGAAGCAUACUAAGUUCAUGCUUGCAGAAGUUACUGACAAAACAAACCAAAAAGAGGCCUUUUCUCUUCCUGGGCUCUGUUGGAGUUUUGGUUUGCUCGGUCCUGCUAUUGGUGGCCAUCUUUCAAAUCCGACUAUCAAAUAUCCGGUUCUUUUUGGAAAUUUUCCUUUUUUGAAAACCUAUCCCUAUUUUCUUCCUUGUACUUUCGCAGCUUUAAUUCCAUUCACUGGCUUUAUAGUUGGAUAUUUUCUACUGCCUGAAACUCAUUUUUCUAAUCCUGAACAAAAACCUCUUUUGCAUUCUAAUGUCGAGUUAAGAUCAUCUAACCCAGAUUCUCUAAUUCGCUCCAUCUUAUACAUACCAUCAACUACGUGGAUAUGUAUAAUUAGUUACGUUAUUCUAGGUUUUUAUACCGUUUCCUUUGAUGAAAUUUAUGUGAUUUAUUCUGUUACUGAUAUCAUGUCAGGAGGAUUGGGAUUUAGUGACAUCAAACUAUCAUUGACCUUAAACUCUGUGGGAAUUUUAAAUCUCAUUGCUAAUUUCGUAAUUUAUUCUUUGGCAACUAACAAAGAAAACUUGGAAAAAGUAUACAAACUAGGGCGUUUUCUCUAUAUUCCUGCCUAUUUAUUAUUUCCUCUAAUUAACAGGCUUGCGAUAACUUUAUCUCCUUCCGAUAAUGGUGUCUUAAUAUUUACUAUAUUUGCUCUAGCGAUCAAGUAA